AUUUAUUUGAGCGGGCCAGACCCCAAUCAAACACAGAUGCAUCUCAAACAAACACCGACGUGUGACUUCAGACCGCAAGUGGCGGAAAUGACGCAAGGCAGUGGCGCAACACUCACACGUUGGGCGGGGUUAAAGUCAUCCAGUCUAGCCGCGGAUCAUCUGGGUUUGUAUCGUACGUCUUUGAAUCCAACGUCGGCUGCCAUCUCUCAAUCCACCUGACCGGCGGUACGACAUGCUUCAGCUAGGGGAUGAGGUCUCGCUGUACUCGGUCGUGUUCGUGGUGGCCUUGCUGGCCACUCGCAGUCCGGUGUGGUCCGGCGUCCUCACCAGCUGCCUCUACCUCUUCCUGGCCAUGUUCCGCUUCCCCCAGCUACCUGCCGGCCGAGUCCGACAAGUCCUUCACCCGGCUGGAUCCGGGAAGGUGUCCGUUGUAGCUCACCGCGGAGGCGGACACGACGCACCGGAAAACACAAUAGCGGCUAUCCGGCUGGCCAGUAAGAACGGGGCCUCUGGAGUGGAGCUUGACCUGGAAUUCUCUGCAGACGGGGUCCCGAUCCUGAUGCAUGACGACAGCGUGGAUCGGACCACAAAUGGAUCAGGCCCCCUUAGUCAACUAAGAUUUGCUGAAUUGGGUAAACUGGACGCAGCUGCUAAACAUCGACUCAGGGACAAGUUUACUGGUGAGAAGAUCCCAACGCUGGAGCAGGCAGUGGAGGAAUGCAUCAAACUACAGCUAAGCAUCUACUUUGACGUGAAAGGCCAUCCAGAUGAGGCAGCUGCAGCGCUCUCAGCUCUCUACAACAAGCAUCCGGUCCUCUACAACAGCAGCAUCGUCUGCUCUUUCGAGCCCAAAGUCGUCUACAAGAUGAGGCAGACUGACCCCCAAGUGGUCACUGCGUUGACCCACAGACCCUGGAGCUUGAGCCGCUUUGGCGAUGGCUCCCCACGUUAUUCGUCACCAUGGAAACACCACUGGCUGACAUUAAUGGAUAUCGUCUUGGACUGGGCCCACCAUCACGUGCUGUGGAAGCUCUGUGGCAUUUCCGCCUUCCUGGUGCAAAAGAACUUUGUCUCGCAUGACUAUGUGCAAUACUGGAGCCAGAGGGGCGUGGAGGUGGUUGCCUGGACUGUCAACAACGGCGUGGAGAAGCAACACUACCAGGAGCUUCUGAAAAUCAGCUACAUCACAGACAGCCUUGUGGAGGACUGUGACCCGCACUACUGACA